AUGAGCAACCUCAUCUCCUGUGUAUCAUGGGUAAAAUGCGGCAUUUCAGCCAACCAGCCCUCCAAAUUUGUCCUCAAUGAGAAGGAACUCGAGCGCGUCACACGUAUCGAGCUUGAGGAUGCGUGGAUAGAGGUGGAGCGCGCGCGGAAUACUGUUAAAAAUGCAUGGGUCGAUGAGGAGGAUGCGUCGAUGAAGGUGGACUGGGAUGUACAGGUCGAUGUGCCUGAGAAGGCGGACGAUCUUGCGCAGCACAAGUUGGAUGAAUACGACGAUUGCGAUGUCAAAGAAGAUGCAAUAUUAGAGGACUUGCAUUUUAUAGAAAUAACUAGGACGAUCCAUAUAUCACACUCAAAGACGUACGGUUGCCUUGUCUCUCUUUUACUUGCAUCUAACACCGUGCAGGACCCCGAAGAUGACGAGCGCUCAGAACUCGAGAUCCUCCCAACAGACAACCUCCUAGCCAUCGCAAACACAGAAGAUGACAUUUCCCAACUCGAGAUAUCUAUGUCUACGACGGAUCCCAAGACAACCUCUACACUUUCCACACCUCACUCUCGUUUCUCUCCCUCCCACACCAAUCCUCUUUCCGCGUUAUAUCGCGUCGAUCUCUUUCCUACUCCUUCUCGCAGUUACUUCCUCCCAAACCAAAUGGACCAAAGUUCAAGGCAUAGACCCAACUUCAGAACUUUCUUUCCUUAUAUUCCAAACGAGGUCAAGCAUAGAAAGCGUACAUCUCGUAUACAGCUCAAGGUCCUGGAAGAUAUAUUUCGUAAAGAUACGAAACCAAAUGCUGCCCUGCGUAAAAAGUUAGCAGCAGAACUUGAUAUGCUUCCAUGUGCGGUCCAGGUGUGGUUUCAAAACAGGCGUGCAAAGGACAAGGCUCUUCGUAAAAGAGUUCAGGACUCGACUCAGCAGGAUUCUCCUUCGGCUCACUCUCCUCAAAAGUCUCAGUCUUCCAGGGACACCUUCCCCAAUGACUCUUCCAAUUCUUCCACCCCCACGGAAAAACCCACGCCCCUGCAGAAGACGAUCAACCACCCUCACCAAAAAGCUUGGCACAGUAACCUAGCCACUCCUGCCGAAAUUCCCCCACAUGUUCGCCAUUUGCCAGUGGACUUGACUUGGCAGGACAAUAAUGACCUUCUGAACACACGUAGAGGGUCGCUGCCAAUCACCGCGUCCACGCCAAGUACAGACACCAACCAGCCACCUUCCCACUUCCCAGAUAGACGCAAGUCUAUGGACGUCAGUCUCCUUAGGCUCAUGCAUCAUCCGUUCGCACGCGUUGCAAAGGAGAAGAAUGACGCGAACUUUCUCAGGCCGCCCAUAUCUCCUGCAGGGUCAGGUCAGUCCAUGGCCCGUCCACCGUCUGGCCUCGGUGGGCCAAGCAUACGUGCAACAAGUUACAGCUCUUCUACUUCCUACAGCCCUUACACCCGCCCUUCUUCGGCUCAUAGAGUGUCAGAGCCCCAUGUCUUCUCGCCUACUCGCUCCUCCCUUGUACCGGAGAUUCGUCCACCGUUUCCGUCCUCGCACGUGCCACGCCGGCUCUCGGACAACCACUUUACAAUGAGCUCUAGAGCGCUCCCGUCGCCUAUUCCUGGCCCCCUGCCAAAGCCUGAUUUCCAGUUUGGCGCUCCGACUUCUGGGUCCCCUCCACAUGUCUCACCGGAUGCAGAAUCUCCCGGGAACCUGCACGCAUGGGCAUUUCCUCACAACGAGGCAGAUCAGGACACGGAGGAUUCGUACAGUUCUACUGGAUUAUCUAGAUUCGGCUCGAUUGCUAGCAUCUGUGGGAGCGACACCAGCGCGACCAGUGCAAUUUAUUCGGACGUCAGCAGUUGUGUUGGCGUCGAUCAUUUCGAUUCUAAUGGCAGGAAAGGGUCUUGUGCAUCCAACCUCGAAACGCGUAUGUCCGGUUUGAACAUGCGGUCCAGCCAGGGAUCGCUCAAUGAGGCUCACUUAAACGCCGCGUCUUCAUUUUCCUACCAACACAGGGAACACCUGUUAUCACAGGAACCAGGGUACUCUUCCCCUACUUCCACUGUUUCACCCGGCAGAAGUCCACACUCUGGAUACAGCAAGGACCCUGGCCCUUCGGGUCUGCGAACGAGCGAGGUUUUGUUUGGUUACAAUCCUCUCCCACCUGAAACUAGCGCCAACACCUAUCUAGGUCCCAUGGAGCCCACCACAGCAAGCCGCAGGCUCAGUAUACCCACCAUGCAAGAAGGAGUGCCGCACAAUCAUAUUCAGAACAACAUCGAACACAACUCCUCAUAUCCCACGCCCGUAGACACGACGGCCCCGUCCAACGUAUAUCAUUUCGCCCCAAAAUCCAACCAAUACUCCCACACAGGAAACUAUCCAUCAUUUCCGCGGGAUGGCACGUUUCCUCCCACGGAGACCUCAUACGCCCAACCUGGAUUGCAGCACCCAGCAUAG